AUGGACGGCACCGGCAACGCCACCCUGCUCUUCGGCCCGUCCUCGCUGCAGCCGGACAACUACACCUUGUCGCCCAACGCCAGCAGCCUGAGCCCCGACCCAGACGCCCCCCUGGCGCCCGCCUCCAGCGCCGGCCCCAGCCCCGGGCUCAGUGUCGCGCCGGGGCCCGGCGUCAGUUUCAGCCCCGGCCCCACUCCGACCCUGACGCCGACGGCCGGCUGCUUCGCGGGUGGCGCCGCCGGCCCGAGCCCUACCCUGUUCGUUCAGCCCGAGGCCGCCCACGAGCCCCCGUUCUGGGACACGCCGCUGAACCACGGGCUGAACGUGUUUGUGGGCGCCGCCCUAUGCAUCACCAUGCUGGGCCUGGGCUGCACGGUGGACAUGAACCACUUCGGGGCGCACGUCCGUCGGCCGGUGGGCGCGCUGCUGGCCGCGGUCUGCCAGUUCGGCUUCUUGCCGCUGCUGGCCUUCCUGUUGGCGCUCACCUUCUCCUUGGACGGGUCGGCCGCUGUGGCGGUGCUCCUAUGUGGCUGCUGUCCCGGCGGGAAUCUCUCCAACCUGAUGUCCCUGCUGGUUGACGGCGACAUGAACCUCAGCAUCAUCAUGACCAUCUCUUCCACGCUCCUGGCCCUGGUCUUGAUGCCCCUGUGCCUGUGGAUCUACAGCCGGGCUUGGAUCAACACUCCUCUGGUGCAGUUACUGCCCAUAGGGACAGUGAUCCUGACUCUCUGCAGCACUCUCAUCCCUAUUGGUUUGGGCGUCUUCAUUCGCUACAAAUACAACCGGGUGGCUGACUACAUUGUGAAGGUUUCCCUGUGGUCUCUGCUAAUGACGCUGGUGGUCCUUUUCAUAAUGACCUGCACUAUGUUAGGACCCAAACUGCUGGCAAGUAUUCCUGCAGCUGUUUAUGUGGUAGCGAUUUUUAUGCCGUUGGCAGGCUACGCCUCAGGCUAUGGCUUAGCUGCUGUCUUCCAUCUUCCACCCAACUGCAAGAGGACUGUGUGCCUGGAAACAGGGAGCCAGAACGUGCAGCUCUGUACCGCCAUUCUAAAACUGGCCUUUCCACCGCAAAACAUAGGAAGUAUGUACAUGUUUCCCUUGCUUUAUGCCCUUUUCCAGUCUGCAGAAGCAGGGAUUUUUGUUUUAAUAUAUAAAAUGUAUGGGAGUGGAAUAUUGUACAAGCAAGAUCCUCUAGAUGAGGAUGAAGAUACAGAUAUUUCUUAUAAGAAACUAAAAGAAGAGGAAAUGGCAGACACUUCCUAUGGCACAGUGAAAGCAGAUAAUUUAAUUAUGAUGGAAACCACUCAGACUUCGCUCUAAAUAGAGAUACACAAGAGAGUUUAUCUUGCUGAAAUAUUACUUCAUGUUUAUGGUCUGUGGUAGUGUCUAUGGUUUACAUAAAGAACAACAAUUGGUUCACAUUAUUAUACAUGUAGCAGUUUUGAUCUGCCCACCACAAGGUUGCAUUGGUAUAUUAACCAAGCGUUUUCAUAAAUUACAAAUCAAUGUCGUAAUAUAACUUGCACCUGGGAUUGCUAGGGUGCUGCCUGAACAAAUGUGCUUUUUGGGUUUUUCAUCGUUACCGAUUUCUAUGAUCGUUUCAAAUAUGUUAACUAUUAGAAAACAGGGUCUUGGAAAUGUAGAAUUUUGACGCACUAUCUUAUAUGAGUAAAAACACGCUAUAUUUGUAAAGCAUAAUUGAGUUUAAUGUACUUGUUGUUAAAAAAAAGUGUGCUUGCUCAGCUUAUAAAUACUUGACAUUGUUAAAAUUUGACCUGUAUUCAGAAGAAUCC